AUGGACCUAACCGUCCUUCGCUCCAUGUCGUCGCGGUUUCCGUGGCCUCUUUCCCUUUCCUCCUUCCUAUCCCCCCGCAAACCUCGGCCAUCGGCGUUGGUGUCGGUCUCGACGCAGACUGUACCCAAUAGCCGACCGCCAUCUGUCAAGGUUCACACACCGUCUCCCGAGGAAGAAUUACAUGCUCGUCGGGAGAUCGCGCGGAGUGAUGCGGAGGACUGGCUACAGAGCCUGGUUGGCCAGGACAAUAUCAAACGUCGCUUAAAUGAGAUUCAAACAUGGAUCACCAUUUGUCAGAGACAAGGGAAAGAUCCAAGGCAGGAAUGGUACAACAUUGUCCUCGAGGGCAAUGAAGGGACGGGCAAAAGUACUGUCGCCCGCGUAUACGCCAACGUCCUCUUUUCGACCGGCAUCACCGACGUGCUGACCUUUCGAGAAAUCUCUGGAGCCGCGCUGGCCGCGCAGGGAUGCGAAGGGCUGAAGCAUCUGAUCAGUGACAUGGUUGAUACAGCAUCCCCCUCGGCACAGAUUGUUGGAGUGUUGCUCGUCGAGGAUGCUCACCUGCUGGCAACGUCCUCCUCCACUCGCACUCAGGAGAUCUUUAAUGCUCUCUUCGAGGCGAUGGAGCGUACGACCGGACGUGUCAUCGUUGUCCUCAGCGGCCAUCCUCCGCAUAUGGAGGGUCUUGUUCGGUCUCACCCCCGACUUGAAAGAACAAUCUGUUGUACUCUGCACUUCGCCGACUUUACUUCUAAUGACUAUCUCACGAUGUUGGCUCAGUCGCUACGGGAGCGUUACAACGGCAAGCUCGAGGUGGCCGGUGGCCUUGACGGUCCCUUCAUGCAGAUGGCCGCUCGGCGACUUGCCCGUGCGGCUGCCGGAAACGGCCCGAGAAAUGUGCACGCAGUGCAACGUCUUCUGGACACCAUCACUCUUCGCCAACUCCAAUCGCAUAUGACCCAAGAGGAGGACAACCUGGAAGAGGUCGAUACAUUUUUCUUCUCGCCGGAAGAUAUAGUCGGCCUCCGGCCGGCCGAUGUUCUGGCCAAAAGUCGCGCUUGGGCAGACUUGCAGAAGCUUGUUGGACAGGAAGCGGUCAAGGCAUCAGUCAGUGAACUGCUGGACACGAUUGAGGAGAACUUUUGGAGGGAAGCCCGAAAUCAGAGACCGUUCUCCGUUCGAGUCAACCGGAUUUUCGUUGGACCACCAGGGACUGGCAAGUCCACGGUGGCGAGGCUGUAUGGGCAGGUGUUGGCAGAUGUGGGUCUGCUGAGCAGCGGCAAAGGUGAGUUGUCAAUAUUUGAAACUGAAACCGCAGCACUAACAACAGUAGUGGUUGAGAUGCGUGUCUCGCAGAGACCUGACGUCAAAGACCUCCUGGAUUCCUCCAUCGGCAAGGUGCUUUUGGUCGACGUGUCAGACCUUGAUGAGUCGUCUCAGAUUUGGCUGAAAACUCUCAUCUCUCAACUGUCGCUCAUUCCUCGCCAUGAUCGCUGUGUAAUCCUGGUUGGAACCAACAGCAGCAUUGAGCCGUUGGUUCAGGAAAAGGACCUGUUGAAGCUUUUCAGACAGCAUCACAUCGUUCAGUUCCAUUCUUUCACCAAAGCACAGCUGCGUCAAAUCCUUGAAAUGAAGCUGCACGACGACGAAGUUCAUGUUACUUCUGAGGCGCUGGAUAAUGCUGUUAAACUUCUCGAAGUCGCUCGCAUGCGCAAGGACUUCAACAAUGGCAGAGCAAUUGCUCACCUGCUCGGGUCAGCUCACUCUGCGUACGAACGCAGUCGGUCACAGGGUGAAGGUACCCAGUCACAACUCGCCCGGAUUCUCGUGCCUGAAAAUUUCGAAGAUGAUCUUUCGAGUUGCCGAUCAAAGUUGGAUUUCCGCGAGGAGUUGAAAUACACCCUCGUCUCGGACGACCUCAUUACUUUGCUGGAACGCUACCGGCACGACCUCAAAGCGGCGUGGUUGCUGAAUACUGACCCCACUCGGCGGGUUCCCCUUGCGAUGGUCUUCAAAGGCGCCAUCGGAAUUGGCAGGAGAAUCUUCGCACGGCUGAUCGGCCGCCUAUACUAUGACAUGGGUGUGCUGGACUCUGGCAAAUUUAUGGAAUGCUCUGCCACCGAUCUAGCUCUGAAUGCUUGCAACCCAUCGACUCCAACACGCUCGCUGCUGGAACGGGCACGCGGGGGUGUUUUGUUCAUCGAAGAUGCUCAUCGGCUCAGUGAGAUCGAAUCCGCUGCUCGGACUAUCAACGAUUUGGUCUACCUCAUGCCCAAGUACUCUCGCGACACUGUGGUGAUUCUCGCAGGCUCUGGCCCUGAAAUGGACCUGUUGUUGUGCAACCAGCCCCGCCUUUCCAGCCUGUUCCAGGAAGAGGUCGUCUUCAAGAGUCCUACACCUCGAGAGUGCCUCCGUCUGCUUGACCAGCGCCUCCAACAGGAAAAGAUCCCUGGCUCGAGGCCUUUCCUCACUGACACUCGGACCGAAACAUACCGCGAGUUCACACGCGCCAUGCAAACGCUCUCGUUGUUCCCUUGCUGGAGCAAUGCCCGUGAUAUUGACGUCCUGGCCAUGUGGAUGGUGUCGUCUGUUUUGCGCGCAGUCCCGCUGGACGGCGACUCGCUAUGUGCUCCUCAGUUGACAGAGGAGCAAGCCAUGGCAUGCGUGAUCAAGAUGUAUAAUCUGAAGCGCGAUCGCCUUCGUUUCAACCAGGACCCUAAGGUGAAAUCGCUGCCACGCAACCUUUCGCAGCCGAGGUCCUCCCCUUCCAUUCGGAGCGCCGUCAGGUUUCCCGUCUAG